AUGUUUGAACGUGUUAUUCGUCUGCGUCCGUAUGAGUAUGUCCACAUUCUUGACAACAACACCUGCGAGGUGCAUCUUGUGGAGGGCCCGCAGUGCUUUACGCUGCUCGACCAUCACGUCAAGCUGCACAGCACUGUCCAGCGGCACAUUGUGAUUCCCACCAAUCACUACUGCGAGUGCGUGCAGAGUGAUGGACACCGCACCGUGCGGCUGAGCGGCCCGCCGUUCCCGCUGCGGCCGGGCGAAACGGCGUCGGAGGUGCGACCGCUGCGAGUUCUCACCGCCCGCGAGGCGAUUGUGCUGCACGUCCUCGCGGAUUACAUCUACAGAGACGCAAACACCGGCGAGGAGCGGCGGCGGAUUGCGGGGGAGCGGUGGUUGAUGCAGGGGCCCGGUGUGUACAUCCCGCGGGUGGAGGAGGAAGUGCUGCAGUCGGUGGAGCCCGUUAUUAUUCCCAUCGAUGGGGCGCUGUUAAUGCAGGCAACGUGUGAUUUCACGGAAGUGGAUGGAACCAGACGAAGUCUUGGUGAAGUAUGGUUGGUACGAAAACCAAGGAUGUAUUUUCCAAACCCAAAUACAAAAGUCUUAAAUUUCUUAAUUGGUAAGGUUCUGUCACCCAAAUUAGCAUUACAUGUAAGAGCACUCAAUUCUUUUUAUGAUGUUCACUACAAGAAGGAACGAGUGGCAGGAGAAAGAUGGCUUGUAACGCAUGAUGUAACUCCUAUGUUUUUACCAAGUGAACAUGAAGAAAUUGUAGAGCCUGUGAAGCUCACCAUUCUUCGAUGGGGACAAUAUUGUGUGGUUUCAAAUAUUGUACGGGAUGGUAUUUGUCACUAUGGUGAACGUGAACUUCGCAAAGGUCCUUGCAGUUUCUUACUACAACCGGAUGAAAGUCUUUUAGAUGGGGAAAUAAAGGAUGCGUAUCUUCUUGGGGCCCAUGAAGCACUUCUUGUAGAGGCUCUCACAACUUUCACAGAUGAAGAAAAGGAAGAACGUAUUAUCUCCUCUCGCUGGUUAGUGCAUGGACCAUGUAGUUACAUCCCACCACUUGAAGUACGUGUAUUGGAGCGGCGUAAGAGAAUGUUACUUAGUGGAGAUAAAGGCGUGUAUGUACGGAAUAUACGCACAGGUCGAAUUACCGCUAUGCAUGGACAAGCAUUAAUGUUAAGUGAAGAUGAAGUAUUAUGGGAGAAACCAAUUGAUCCACUGGUGUGUCGUCUGUUAGCAUCUCAACAACUCUCGGUGUAUGAUAUUAACGCCUCCUCAUUAGCGGCAGGGGAAGAAACACAAACUACACAUCAUGUGAUCUCCUGUAAAGUCCCACACAAUGCAUUAAUACAAUUAUAUGAUUCAAGUAAAAAUACAAGCCGUGUAGAGGCAGGUCCUGCCGCUGUUUUUCUUGAGCCAAAUGAUGAAUUUACACCCAUUUCACUCUCUGGUGGACGACCAAAAGUACCCAAUUGUAUUCAUUCACUUUGUCUUUUUCUUGGCCCUGAUUUUAUGGCGGAUAUCAUUGAAGUAGAAACUCUGGAUCACGCUCGUCUCGCACUUAAUCUUGCAUAUAACUGGGAGUUUGAUACCUCCGAUAGAGAACGUAUUAAACGUAUUGCUUUUGCCGUUCCAGAUUUUGUGGGAAGAGCGUGUAUGACACUUGCAAAUCGUAUUCGAGUCGCUAUUGCUGGUGAAACAUUUGAUAAUUUUCACCGAAACUCUUCAUCCUUGAUUCGUCAAGCUAUUUUUAAAAAUGUUUCUGGGGCAACCGAAUUACGUGGUGAUAGUCUAUAUUUCCCUGUUAAUGGUCUCGUAAUAACAAAUGUGGAUGUACACAGUGUAGAGCCUGUGGAAUUAAAUACACGUAAUGCUUUAAAGAAGAGUGUACAACUCGCUGUGGAAAUUAUUACCAAAUCACAAGAGAAUGAAGCUUCUCAUCAAGCUAUGCUACUGGAGCAAGAAGCAAAAGGAGCACUUGAACUUCAAUUGAUGAAAGAUAAAGCAUCUGCAGAAGCUGAGCGUAUUACACUACUUGAAGUAUCGGCUGCUAACAAUAUCAUUGAACUCAGUGGUGCCAGCAAAGCACAGGCACUUGCUGAGAGUGAAUCUCGAUUAGUAGAACUACAAGGAGAAGUAGAUGUGACCGGCACACGCUGUGAGGCUCAAGAGGUGAUGGCCAAUGCGGAAUUAGAAAUACAGCGUGAGCGGAUGGAAUUAGAUCUCGCCCAUCGUCGUGCGAUGAAUGAAAUAGCCGUGAAAAAAGUUCAAACACUUGCAGAUAUUGAGGCAACGAAGUUUGAAAAUAUAAUGAAUGCACUUGGAAGGGCAACUAUUGAGGCUAUGGCCCGUGCGGGUCCAGAGUUGAAAUCCAAACUUCUACAAGCAUUGGGGCUUAAGGGAUUUUUGCUUACAGACGGAACAGCACCUAUUAAUCUCCUGGGGAUGGCGGACCGUGUGGUACAGGAACGACCAGCAACAAAACCAUGA